AUGUUGAUCAGCAUCAGGCAUCAGACGCAGAUUUCUCAACUUCAAGUCUCUGCUUCAGCUUCUCAUGCUCCAUUUGCAACAGCAGCAACUCCUCCUGUUGGUGAAGACGAACCAGCAACUCCUCCUGUUGAAGACGAACCAGCAACUCCUCCCGCUGGUGAAAACGAACCAGCAACUCCUCCUCCUGUUGAAGACAAAACAGCAACUCCUCCCACUGGUGAAGACGAACCAGCAGCCUCAGCAACUCCUCCCGCUGGUGAAUGCGAACCAGCAACUCCUCCUGCUGGUGAAAACGAAGCAGCAGCCUCAGCAACUCCUCCUGUUGGUGAAGACAAACCAGCAGCCUCAGCAACUCCUCCCACUGGUGAAGACGAACCAGCAGCCUCAGCAACUCCUCCCGUUGGUGAAGACGAACCAGCAGCCUCAGCAACUCCUCCCGCUGGUGAAGACAAACCAGCAGCCUCAGCAACUCCUCCCGUUGGUGAAGACGAACCAGCAGCCUCAGCAACUCCUCCCACUGGUGAAGAUGAACCAGCAACUCCUCCCGCUGGUGAAGACGAACCAGCAGCCUCAGCAACUCCUCCCGCUGGUGAAUGCGAACCAGCAACUCCUCCCGCUGGUGAAGACGAACCAGCAGCCUCAGCAACUCCUCCCACUGGUGAAGAUGAACCAGCAACUCCUCCUGCUGGUGAAGAUGAACCAGCAGCCUCAGCAACUCCUCCCGCUGGUGAAUGCGAACCAGCAGCCUCAGCAACUCCUCCCGCUGGUGAAUGCGAACCAGCAACUCCUCCCGCUGGUGAAGACGACCCAGCAGCCUCAGCAACUCCUCCCACUGGUGAAGAUGAACCAGCAACUCCUCCCACUGGUGAAGACGAACCAGCAGCCUCAGCAACUCCUCCCGUUGGUGAAGACGAACCAGCAGCCUCAGCAACUCCUCCCACUGGUGAAGAUGAACCAGCAGCCUCAGCAACUCCUCCCGUUGGUGAAGACGAACCAGCAGCCUCAGCAACUCCUCCCGUUGGUGAAGACGAACCAGCAGCCUCAGCAACUCCUCCCACUGGUGAAGACGAACCAGCAGCCUCAGCAACUCCUCCCGUUGGUGAAGACGAACCAGCAGCCUCAGCAACUCCUCCCGUUGGUGAAGACGAACCAGCAGCCUCAGCAACUCCUCCCGUUGGUGAAGACGAACCAGCAGCCUCAGCAACUCCUCCCGCUGGUGAAGACGAACCAGCAGCCUCAGCAACUCCUCCCACUUUACCAGGCAAAACCUCCAUCUCAUAG